CGGAAAACCGGAAGCUCCACUCCGAAAUUGACGGAACGGGAUAGUUCUUGGUGUGAUGGAGAGGUGAUGGGUCAGUCAGAGGAGUGAUAGGCCAGAGCAGUCAUGACCGAGUGCUUCCUGCCCCCCAGCAGCAGCCCUGCAGAGCAGCGUAGGGCUGAACACCCAGGGGGCGUGGCCCGCACCCCCAGCUCUGAGGAGAUCAGUCCCACUAAGUUUCCCGGCUUGUACCGCACCGGUGAACCAUCGCCGCCUCACGAUGGCCACCACCACGAGGCACCCGAUGCCUAUGUCUCAGACGAUGACAAAGAGCACAGCAAGAAGAAGAACAAGUUCAAGAAGAAGGAGAAAAGGACCGAAGGCUACGCCGCCUUCCAGGAGGACAGUUCAGCAGAUGAAGCAGAGAGCCCGUCCAAAAUGAAGCGCUCCAAGGGAAUCCAUGUGUUCAAGAAGCCCAGCUUCUCCAAGAAGAAGGAAAAGGACUUCAAGGUAAAGGAGAAGGAGAAGGAGAAGGAGAAGGGGCCCAAGGAGGACAAGGCCAAGGACAAAAAAUCAAAGGACCUGACGGCUGCAGACGUGGUUAAACAAUGGAAGGAGAAGAAGAAGAAGAAGAAGCCCACCACAGAGGCAGAGCCAGUCCCGGUGGAGAUCCCCACCUUCAGGCCCAUCUUUGGAGCACCUCUGACUGAAGCUGUCAAGAGGACGGCUCUGUAUGAUGGCAUCCAGCUGCCAGCCGUCUUCAGAGAAUGUGUGGACUACAUUGAGAGUUAUGGCAUGAAGUGUGAAGGCAUCUACCGGGUCUCAGGUAUGAAGUCCAAAGUGGAUGAAUUGAAAGCAGCUUAUGACCGUGAGGAAUGCCCCUGCCUGGAGGAGUAUGACCCCCACACGGUGGCCAGCCUGCUAAAGCAGUACCUACGCGAGCUGCCAGAUAACCUGCUGGUUCGAGAUCUGGCCCAGCGCUUCGAGGACGCCUGCAGUCGGCAGGUGGAGGCUGAGAAGAUGACAGAGUUCCAGAGGCUGCUGGCCGAGGUGUUGCCGGAGAGCCGACUUAUUCUCUCCUGGCUCAUCACGCACAUGGACCACGUCAUCGCCAGGGAGGCGGACACCAAGAUGAAUAUUCAGAAUAUCUCCAUCGUCCUCAACCCAACCAUACAGAUUGGGAACCGUGUUCUUUACACGUUCUUCACACACGUGAGGGAGCUGUUUGGAGACGUAGUCCUGAAGCCGGUGGUGCGGCCGCUCCGCUGGUCCAACAUGGCAACCAUGCCGGCGCUGCCUGAGACCCAAGAGAACAUCAAAGAGGAGAUCCGACGACAGGAGUUCCUGCUGAACUGCCUGCACAGGGACCUGCAGGCCGGGGUGAAGGACUUAUCUAAAGAGGAGCGUCUCUGGGAGGUUCAGAGAAUCUUGACUGCUCUGAAACGCAAACUGAGGGAGGCUAAACGUCAUGAGUGUGAGACUAAGAUAGCCCAGGAGAUAGCAAGCCUCUCUAAGGAAGAUGUUUCAAAAGAGGAAAUGACUGAGAAUGAAGAGGAAGUAAUUAACCUCCUCUUAGCACAGGAAAAUGAGAUCCUAACAGAGCAGGAGGAGCUGAUCUCUCUAGAGCAGGUGCUUCGUCGACAGAUUGCCACUGAGAAGGAAGAAAUCGAGAGACUGCGGGCGGAGAUUGCAGACAUCCAGAGUCGUCAGCAGGGUCGCAGUGAGACGGAGGAAUAUUCAUCAGACAGUGAAAGUGAGAGUGAAGAUGAGGAAGAGCUACAGAUGAUUCUGGAAGAUCUGCAGAAACAAAAUGAGGAACUAGAGAACAAAAACACCCAUCUGAACCAGGCCAUUCACGAGGAGCAAGAAGCCAUCUUGGAGCUCCGUGUCCAGCUCCGCCUGCUGCAGAGCCACAAACUGCAGCAGGAGCUGACAGUCCAGCCGCCGGCCGAACAGGCCCCGCCCACGCAGCCGAGCCCGGAGCCCCGCACCGAGGAGCACACCAAACGCUCUGUCACCACGGUUGCUGUCGCCGCAGAUACCGCUGCUUCGUCCAACGGCAAGGCAGCUAAGGAUCCUUCGAAGCCCUCGCCGAACAAAGACAGGAGGGACACCAACAUGUGAGACGUCGUCUCAGUGAUGCGUUUGGUGGCUCUGUGCUGCUGUACGUCUCUACCGCUGGUCAGUUGUCCUGCAGUGUCUCUCAUUAUCCACUGGAAAUUUCUCUCUGCUGGAUCCAUGGGUUCGGUAGUAAUUGUGUCCACCAAGUGACAGAUGGCAUUCAUUUUUUCAUGCAACACAAACACCACAAAAAAAAAAAGGAAAUCGAGUAGCUGCUGUAGCGGACAACUGGCUACUACUGUGAGAGACGAGGUGGAUCAUAUCAUCAGAUCCACAGUGCAAAGCCUGUAUGAAGGAAGAGGGGGGGAAAGGAGAAAUGAAGGGAUUCAUAAAGCAAGUAAGGGGAAGGAAUAGAGUAAGAAAAAAAAGCAAAAUUCAGGAGCCUUGCCAGUAUAUGACAAAGUUUUAUUUUUGCUGGUAAGGUCUAAAAAAAGAUGAACAUAGACCAGAAAUAAUCUCAGUCCCUGUAUCUCACUAUGUCCCUCACCAAGAUGCAAAUUGGACAUGUUAGGAUAGAGACCACUGUGCCAUAACCCAAGACACCAGACAGGCCACGUUUUCCCCAGAGAACCACUAAUACAAAAAGCUCUUUGAAUUAAUGAAGAACUUAGGAUUGGUCGAUCUAUAUAUUAUAUAUUUAAGUAGUAUUCUGAAGAAUACGGAUGACUAUUCAUGAAAUACAUUGAUUUUAAGUUACAGCUUUUUAGUAAUAUAUAAAUAUGUGUACAAAUGUAUUGUAGGUGCCACCGCAACUGACCAGUAGAUGAAAACAUGAACAGCAAACAAAUACGCAAAAAAAGUACAUUCAUCACUGGAAAAUGUAGAAAGACAGCUGGAGGCUGCGUUGUUACAGUCACACUUUGCUCUGUAGUGCAAUCAUCUUCUCUUUUCUCUCUGCCUCUCUUGCACAAACAAGGAAAUGUUAUAUUUCUCCACUUUUAUGAUGGAUUUACAUCUGAAGUGAUGAUUAUUAUCGCCAAAAUAUGUGUGCAGAGACACGCAGGAGGCUUAUUUAGUUUUGUUGUGUAUUUGAUCGUGUUUUUUAAGGGUAAGGUUCUUGAUGUGUGGAGUUAUCGUUCAUGGCAUCAGUUGGAAGUGAGUAAAAACAAAAAAACUCAAGAUAACAAGUCAAUCAUUUCAUUUCACAACUGAUCCAUGACUAUUGCAACGUACUGUCAUUGUUCAGUGAUAUUUAAAGCAAAGGCAUGGCCUGCACUUACUUACCGAUUGUUUAUAUCAUUGUAAAAUUGCAAAUAUACUGUAUUUUCAGCUUUUUAUGUUUUGUCAUAUGUUCCUCUUUUUUAUUAUUAAUGACCUGUAUGUAGUACGCUAGUGUGACUCCCCCUGCUUUGGUCGCGGGAUAAUCAAAGCAAUCUGAUCUGGACUCAUGAUUCAACAUGUUAAUAAUCCUGUGACUGAAACAGAUAAAUGCUAGAUUGGGCUCAGAAGCUUCUCAUGAGGUUAUUUUCAUAUUGUUCCAAGCUUUUGUAGCUUAUUGUUGCAGUCAGAAUAAUGCUGUGAAGAAUAAAGUGUCGAUCCGAAUAA